AUGUCGCUAAUCAGCACACCCGCAACCACACCCCCGGUCCCUGCAUCCAAGCCUGGACUCGCCGUCCAAGCUGCCGCCCUCAUGCAGCAAAUUCUCUCAUCCAAGCCCGAGGGCUGGAAGCCUUCCCCCGAAUGGGUGUCGUCAAGCGAGAUCGCAGUCCAUCUCUCGCUCUGGACCGUGACGUGCGACGAGUGGAUUUCAGCGUGGCAGAAUGUGCUGAAGACGAAGCAGCGGGACAAGGUUCGAAUGGCGUAUGGCAGCGAGAAUCCGUAUGCGUGGUCUGGUCUUGAGACGCAGGGCGCAAUGAAGACUGAUGAACAACAGGGUGCAGUUGCGCGUGGGAAGCUGCCAGGUCCUGUGCCAUCCAGGCAGGUUGAUGAGGGCAGUGGUGCAUCGGCUGGCGCUCCCUCAGAACGGGUACCGGUAAAGGCCAUCUUGCACGCACGUCCAGAGACGCUGGUGCGCGUGUACGGUGCGAGCUCACCAUCGCCGUCCCUGGGAGCCCCUGGCACGCAUGCCUAUGUACCAGCUGAUCCAGCAGCCGAACAGCUCUUCGUACCGUAUGCCGACUCCCCCACCCUGCCCCAGGUCCUCGCAGUGGGCCGUGAAGUACGGCGUAGACGCGGAAAGGCUGCGUCCGUCCACGCAACAUCCUCGCCUGCGCCUCUGACGUCUGACCCCGCUGUUGUGACUGCCCUAAAUGCUCAGGCUGGUACCGUAGCACCCUUGCCUGAUGCACAAAAGUACACCUCCGCUGUCGCAACGGGCCCAGAGAUUCCAGCUCCCAGCGAAGAUGGCGGCUUCGUGCUUCGCAACUUUCGAUACCGCAGCCUCGCCGAGCUGGAGCAAGCUGUGGCGUAUAGUGCCCACCCCAGGAAUGAGCGUGCGUCGAUGUGGGGUAGGAUCGUCCGGCGGAUGCGUGGGUAG